AUGGCGUUGUAUCAAAUUCCCCCACCCACACCUAUGGUGUGCAAAGGAAAUACAGAGAAAAACUGGACUAAUUUCAGAGAGACGUGGGAUGAUUAUUUCACGGCGACAGAAAUGGAGAGAAAGGAGAAUAAAGUCCAGGUGGCCACAUUAAAGACAAUAAUGGGGCAAGAUUGUAGAAGCGUGUUGGCUGGUCUCAAAGUGUGUGUACCGGAAGGUCAAGUCCUUACUUGUCAAAUGAUAUUGGACGCACUGGAGAAACAUUUUGUAGCAAAGAGGAAUGUGCUGUAUGAAAGAUUUAUGUUCAAUGCAGCAGAGCAGCAACCUCAUGAAACGGUGACACAAUUUCUUGAGCGAUUGAGACAGCUUGCCAGCACGUGCAAGUUUCGUGACGCCGCACUGGAGGAGGAAAUGAUCCGGGAUCGCCUGGUGAUGGGCAGCCGUGACCAAGGGGCCAGGGUCAGACUUUUCCGGGAGGAAGAGUGCACCCUAAAUAAAGCAUUUGACACUCUAAAAAUCAGUGAGGCCACCACGCAUCAGCUGAAAAUGAUGACUAAUGGAGAGCAAUCCCUUCAGGAAGUCAACUUCGCCAAGAGUAAGCCUGCCAAAAAUGAAGGCCGACACCAACAGAAGUUGAAAGGCAAAUGGAAAGGCAGACCUGAUAGCUCAAAGAACUCAGCUAAGAACAGCAACGCUUGCAUGUAUUGUGGGCUCAAGCACAAAAAAGGUCGUGAUAAUUGCCCAGCCAAUGGAAAAGAGUGCUCCAAAUGCAAGCGCAAGCAUCACUUCGCUAAGGUCUGCAAGACCACAUCGGAACAAGUACAUGCUGGCGAUGAUGUAGCUGAACUCAGUUCAGAGGAUGACUUUACUUUCACCCUGGAAGAGGUUAAGCUGCUGAAUGAUACCCAAGAAAAAAGAAUCUUUGUGAGGGUGGAAGUUGGAGACAGAGAUGACAAAAAAUCAAUACGAUGCCAGGUUGAUACGGGAGCAACUUGCAAUGUAAUGCCGUAUCAAACGCUUGCUAAGCUGGAAGGGAUAGAUCGCCCGACAUUGAAUCCCUCCCAGUCAAGGAUAAGGCUGUAUGCAGAACACUCCUUCCUAACAGUUAUAGGAGAGAGGGACCUGACGUGCUACUUCCGUGGAAAGUCAUACAAACUCCACUUCAAGAUAGUCGAAACCGCGAAGGAGAUCCCAUUGAUUAGUGCUGAGACAUCUAUAAGGAUGGGAGUGAUCAAGGUCCUAGCGAAGGAGGAAGUGCACAAUAUGGCCCAGUCCAGAGACCUCAUCGAGGAAUACAAGGAUGUAUUUCAAGGACUCGGAUGCCUGCCGGGAGCAUACAAAUUGACUAUAGAUGAGACAAUCACUCCAGUAAAACAUCCGGCAAGGCGAGUCCCAGUGCAUAUCAAGAAUGACCUAAGAAAGAAGCUGACUGAGCUAGAAGAAAGAGGGAUUAUAGCAAAGAUCUCGGAACCAACCGAUUGGAUUAGCAGUAUGGUAGUUGUAAAGAAGCCUCAGAAAUUGUGCAUAUGCCUAGAUCCAAAAGAUCUUAAUAGAGCCAUAAAGAGGCCACACUACCCCAUUCCGGUCAUUGAUGAUAUCCUUCCAAAUUUAGCCAAAGCCAAGGUCUUCACAGUAUUAGACGCCAAGGAUGGCUUCUGGCAAGUAAAGAUGGACGAGGCCAGUAGCUACCUGACAACUUUCUCCACACCGUUCGGGCGUUACAGAUACAAGCGCAUGCCAUUCGGGAUUUCCUCAGCACCCGAGGAAUUUCAACGUAGACAGCAUGAGAUUAUUGAGGGCCUGCCAGGAGUUGAAGUCAUAGCUGAUGACUUCAUAGUGUUUGGCUCAGGCGACACCAAGGAAGAAGCACUUGCUGACCACGAUAGGAACUUAGAAGAGUUCCUUAAAAGGGCUCGUAAGGUGAAUCUGAAGCUCAAUAGGGCCAAGCUGAAGCUGAGACAAAGUACAGUGACGUACAUGGGCCAUAAGCUGUCAACAGAUGGAUUACGUCCUGAUCCAGAGAAGGUUCGAGCUGUCGUGGGAAUGGCACCCCCAGCAGACAAAAAGGGUGUCCAAAGGCUGCUAGGUAGUGUUACCUACCUAGCCAAGUUUCUUCCCAGGCUUUCAGAAGUAGCAGAGCCUCUCCGGAGACUGACAGAUAAAGAGGCACACUUUGAAUGGCUCGAAUACCACGACCAAGCUCUGGGAGAAAUCAAGAAGAUGCUCACACAGGCACCUGUGCUGAAGUACUUUGAUAUAACACAGGAAGUGACAAUUCAGUGUGAUGCAUCAGAAAAAGGUCUUGGAGCCACACUCUUACAGAAUGGACAACCAGUGGCCUUCGCAUCCAGAGCUCUUUCGAGAACGGAACAGUGUUAUGCACAGAUAGAGAAGGAGUGCCUCUCCAUUGUGUUUGCUUGUGACAGAUUUGCACACUAUAUUCAAGGCAAGAAGACAACUGUCGAGACUGACCAUAAGCCCCUGGUGCCAAUCUUUGGCAAGAGUUUGCACAGAGCACCAAAAAGGCUUCAAAGAAUGUUGAUGAGGCUACAAAGAUACCAGUUGCAGCUACAGCAUAAGCCAGGAAAAGAUAUGCACAUAGCUGAUUGGCUGAGCCGUGCUUACUUACCCAAUGACAGGAAAGAAUCCAGGAUCUUUGACGAACUCGAGGUCAUCAACCAGAUGGAUCUCUUGAAAGUAAGUGCAGCCACUGAGCACCAACUGAGAUGUAGCACCGGUACAGACCAACAGCUUCAGGAGCUAAUGUUAAUGGUCCGACAAGGAUGGCCAGACAACAAGGAGGCUGUUCCUGGUAGCAUCCGGGAGUACUUCAAUUACAGGGAUGAGAUUACAGCCCAGAAUGGAAUCUUGUUUAAGGGACAGAAGGUGAUCAUCCCUAUGGCACUACGAAGUAUGAUGGUGGAAAAAGUGCACAGGAGCCACCUAGGAAUAGAGGCCUGCAUCAGACGGGCUAGGGACACACUUUUCUGGCCUGGAAUGGCAGCCCAAGUCAGAGAAAAGGUGGAGCAAUGCCCUACAUGCAAUUCCAUGAAGCCCAAACAGCAAAAGGAAACAAUGAUGUCAGCUGAAAUACCAAGCAGGCCAUGGAAGGUUGUGGGACAAGAUUUAUUCCAUGUGAAUAACAAGGAUUAUCUGGUGACGGUAGACUUCUACUCUGACUACUGGGAGGUGGACCAGAUGGAUGCCACGAGAGCCGGAGAUGUUGUCCAGUGCACUAAACAACAUUUCGCACGUCAUGGCAUCCCGGAGCGAGUCAUAACAGACAAUGGUCCACAAUUUGUGGCCCAGGAGUACGCCCAAUUUGCAGCAGAAUGGGACUUUGAACACGUGACAAGCUCACCCAGAUACAGCCAGAGCAAUGGAAAAUCUGAGUCAGCUGUAAAGAUAGCAAAAACGAUCAUCAAGAAAGCUGUGAAGGAAGGUAGCGAUGUCCAACGAGCAAUACUGGAAUGGAGGAACACUCCUGAUCCUGAUGGAGUGAGUGCUGUCCAGAAACUGAUGUCAAGACGCACUCGUACAGGCCUUCCCACACCAGACGUACUACUAAUGCCUCAUGUAGUACCAAAUGUUCCUGAGCAAAUCAAAUUGAGAAAGCAGAAGGCCAAGCUCCAGUAUGACCGAGGGGCUAAGGAUCUACCAGAACUUAGAAUCGGCCAAGGUGUACUUCUACAGCCUGAUCUCCCUCACCAACCCUGGAGACAAGCGGUGUGUAGAAAGAUCCUUGGCGACAGGUCAUACUUGGUACAAACGGAUGACGGCCAUCAAUUUCGACGCAACCGCAGGUUCCUGAGAGCAACAGCCAACAGUGCUCCUGAGGCACCCUCUACAGAGCCGACAGAAGUUGAGCAUCAGCGACAACGCACUCGCCUUCAGUCUUCAUCUGAGGAGCGUACUGGCCGUAGCAGUGCCAUUGAGCAACAGGAAGUAACCCAGGAAUCUCCACCUCCUACAUCCCGUGGAGGUAGACCACAGCGGCAGAAGAAAAUCCCAGCAAAGUACAAUGAUUUUAUUCUUACUUAG